AUGCUGACUCUUCCAUUGUUCUUCUCUGCUUUGAUAUGCGCUUCUGUUGCGCGUCCAGGACGCGAGCACAGUGCAAAACCCUACGCGCAUGCUCUUCAAGUAAGACAGAUAGGAGGGAAUUCAAGCUCCUCGCUUCAAGUCGACAUAGGCUAUGGAAUUUAUGAAGGAGUCCAGAACAGUACUUCUGGGCUCAACGUCUGGAAAGGGAUUCGCUUCGCCGCACCACCGACCGGCUCAAAUAGGUGGCAAGCGCCGACUGCACCACAAGUGUCCAGGUCUUCCGUCACCAGUGCGAGCUCCUUCGGUCCAAUCUGUCCUCAAGGCCCCGAUGCAAGUACCAAGAUCAACCCAGUCAACCAGACCGGUGCCAGUGAAGACUGUCUCUUCCUGAACGUCUAUUCACCAAACAAUGCGACUGGCCCGCUACCCGUCCUUGUAUGGAUUCAUGGAGGCGGGUACGGUGCCGGGAAUGGAAGGCAAGACCUGUCAACUCUGAUCAAUGCUAACGGCAACAAUUUCGUUGGGGUGGCCAUUCAAUAUAGGCUGGCAGCGUUUGGUUUCCUGUCUUCCGACGAAGUCUUCCGUAACGGCGUGGUAAAUGCUGGCAUUCUUGACCAGCACUUCGCCUUGCAAUGGGUACAGUCAUACAUUGACCUUUUUGGGGGCAAUGCCUCUCAAGUGACGAUCUCUGGAGAGAGCGCUGGAGGUGGGUCAGUCAUGCUUCAGGACAUGGCAUUUGGUGGAAGCCAAGGCACACGAUUAUUCGUAAACACAAUUGCCGCAUCUCCAUAUCUGCCUAUGCAGUAUGGCUACAGGGACUGGGUGCCGUCGCAAUCAUACUAUGCAUUUGCGACGGAAGCGGGCUGUCCUCCGAGUCUACCCUACGGUGCCCAUCCUCAGACGAUCUUUGAAUGCCUCCUCGACAAAGACACAGACACGUUGAUCAAUGCGAGCGCCACGAUAUCCCAAUCUGCCAACUAUGGCACUUGGGCAUUUUUGCCGGUGACGGAUGGCGUCUUUGUACAGGAUCUCCCUAGUCAGCAACUUCUGCGCAAGAAAGUGAACGGCAUGAAUGCACUUAUCGGAAACAACGCAGAUGAAGGCCCAGGCUUCGUCCCCCAAAACAUCACGACUGAAGAUGACCUUCUGUCGUGGCUACAGAUCACCUUCCCUCUCUUCACCAACGACGAUAUUGCCAAAGUCUUGCUGUAUUAUCCGAGCACUAACGAUUCUACCAACCCUUCCGCUUCGCUCUAUGCUACCACAGGAAACUCUAACCCCAGUGCCGUGAAUCAGAGCUUGAUAGGCACCGGACAACAACAGCGGGCUAACAAUAUCUAUGCCGAAACAACCUUCGUCUGUCCAUCAUACUGGAUGGCCGAAGCGUAUACCGACGGUGGGCGGGCUUCAUAUAAGUACCAAUUUUCUGUGCCGCCAGCACUACAUGGCUCAGAUACAAGUGCAUACUUCGGCCCAGCCGCAAAAAACGUUGGUCCAGAUCUGGCGCUUGCGUUCCGACAAAUCUGGGGCAAUUUCAUCACGUCGAAUGAUCCCAGCCUUUCGUCGAAUGUUGCGAAUGGUGCGUCCUCUGGGAAUAACGGUGCUUCUAACGAUGCCACUGAUUGGCCGCCAUUCUCGAUCUAUGCUCCGUACCAGAUUAAUCUAAACGAGACCGGAGGGACGCCAUACUCAGUCAACAUCACGCAGAUAGGUCACAAUAUCACUGUGAGUGGUCAGCCCGGCCUGCGGAAUAAUAUCAGCCUUGUGAAUGCUUGGACCUGGGAAGCGGGCCGAGGAUACAGAUGUGACUUCUGGCGCAGCAUGGCGGCCAUCGUACCUGAAUAA